GCGGAGCGGCCGCCCCGCGCUUCCGCUUCCGUCCUCGCGCCCCGCCUCGCUCUGACGCGCUUCCGGUGCCGGCCGUAGGGCGCGGGCACGUGCGGCCAUGGGGCUGACCAAGCAGUACCUGCGCUACGCGCCCGCCGCGCUCUUCGGGCUGGUGGGCAGCGCUAAGGGCAACGCCGCCUUCGUGACGCUGCGUGGCGAGCGGGGCCGCUGCGUGGCUGUGCCGGCCUGCGAGCACGUCUUCGUGUGGGACGCGCGGAAAGGAGAGAAGGUCCUUAUCCUUAAGGGUUCCAAGCACGAAGUCAGUUUCCUCCGCCCCUCUCCUGAUGGGUUGCACUUGGCUGUUGGCUAUGAAGAUGGCUCCAUCCGUAUCUUCAGCCUCCUGAGCGGGGAAGCUAAUGUUGCUUUCAAUGGACACAAGGCUGCGGUCACAGCACUGCAGUAUGACCAGCUGGGGGGCCGGCUGGUGUCCGGCUCAAAGGAUACAGAUGUCAUUGUGUGGGAUGUCAUCAAUGAGAGUGGUUUGUACCGGCUGAAAGGACACAAGGAUGCUGUCACUCAAGUCCUUUUCUUGAAGGAGAAGAACCUGCUGGUCACCAGUGGCAAAGACACAUUGGUGAAAUGGUGGGACCUGGAUACCCAGCACUGCUUCAAAACUCUAGUUGGACACCGUACUGAGGUUUGGGGGAUGGCUUUGCUAUCUGAAGAGAAACGUCUGAUCACUGGGACUGCUGACAGUGAACUGAGAGUUUGGGAUAUCACUUACAUCCAGGAGCUAGAAGACCCUGAUGAGCCAGAAUCCAAGAAAAGCAAAGGAUCUUCACCAGGAGCAGGAAAAGACAAUGAAGAGGAUGAGGCACUAGAGCUGGAUGAGAGUCCUGAGGAGCGUCUCCUAAAGUGCAGUAAAGCUGGAUCCAUCAUGCGGGAAGGGAGAGAUCGAGUAGUUACACUUGCCACGGACCGCACGGGCAAGGUUUUGGCCUGCCAUGGGACUGAUGCUGUUCUAGAAGUAUUCUCUGUCCUUUCUGAAGAGGAAAUAAAGAAAAAAUUGGAAAAGAAAAUGAAGAAAGCAAAGAAAAAAGCCAAGCAGAAAUCUGAAGAAGAUGAGCAUAAAGGAAAUGUGGAGCUGAGCCUGCAGGAGGAGAUCCAGCGGGUCACUAACAUCAGAGCUUCUGCUAAAAUCAAGUCAUUUGACAUGAUUCUCUCUCCAAAAGAAGAGCUGAAGAUUGUGUUGCUGCUCCAGAACAACAUCAUUGAGUUACACACCCUGAACCUGUCAGCACAGGUCCCGCAGGCUGUCCGUGCAUCCAGGAUAACCAUUGGAGGCCACCGCAGUGAUGUCAGGACAUUAGCUUUUAGCUCUGAUAAUAUUGCUGUUCUUUCAGGAGCUGCAGAGUCUGUAAAGAUUUGGAACAGAUCAACUUUGCAGUGUAUCCGAACGAUGGACUGUGAGUAUGCGCUAUGCUCACUCUUUGUCCCCGGAGAUCGGCAGGUCAUCGUUGGCACCAAGACAGGGAAGCUGCAGCUGUAUGACCUGGCUUCUGGGAGUCUGGUGGAGACGCUUAAUGCCCAUGAUGGGGCUGUGUGGUCCAUUGCUCUUUCACCAGACCAGCGUGGUUUUGUGACAGGAGGUGCUGAUAAAUGUGUCAAAUUCUGGGAUUUUGAGCUUGUGAAGGAUGAGAGCAGCAUUCAGAAAAGGCUGUCCAUGAAACAGGUGCGCAUCUUGCAGCUGGAUGAAGAUGUUCUGUGUGUGCGGUACAGCCCCAACCAGAAACUGCUAGCUGUCUCUUUACUGGAUUGCACUGUGAAAGUUUUCUACACCGACACGCUCAAGUUUUUCCUGUCUCUGUAUGGACACAAGCUGCCAGUGCUGUGCAUGGACAUCUCCUAUGAUGGGACUCUGAUUGCAACUGGGUCUGCCGACAGGAAUGUGAAGAUUUGGGGCAUGGAUUUUGGGGACUGUCACCGUUCUCUCUUUGCCCAUGAUGACAGUGUGAUGUAUCUCCAGUUUGUGGCCAAAUCCCAUCUCUUCUUCACUGCUGGGAAGGAUAACAAGAUUAAGCAGUGGGAUGCAGAUAAAUUUGAGCACAUCCAGACACUGGAGGGGCAUCACCAGGAGGUUUGGUGCUUGGCACUCAGUCCCAAUGGAGACUAUGUAGUGUCAGCAUCCCAUGACAAGUCCCUGCGCCUCUGGGAGAGGACGAGGGAGCCACUUAUCUUGGAAGAGGAGAGGGAGAUGCAACGAGAAGCUGAAUAUGAAGAAAGUGUGGCAAAGGAAGAGCAACCUGUGGUGGCUGGAGAGACACAAGGAGAGACGGGACUGGCAGGGAAGAAGACUAUUGAAACCAUCAAAGCGACUGAGCGGAUCAUGGAAGCUAUUGAGCUGUAUAGAGAAGAGAUGGCAAAACUGAAGGAGCACAAGGCCAUAUGUAAAGCUGCUGGAAAAGAGGUUCCCUUUCCUGCCAAUCCCAUUCUUCGUGCCUAUGGAAAUAUUACACCCUCUGAGUACGUGCUAGAAGUUUUCAAGAAGGUCAAGUCAAGUGAGCUGGAAGAGUCUCUCCUGGUGCUGCCCUUCUCCUAUGUCCCUGACCUACUCAGACUCUUCAAUGAACAUAUUCACUUGGGUGCAGAAGUUGAACUCCUGUGCCGUGCUCUCCUCUUCCUGCUCAAGAUACAUUUUGGGCAGAUAACAAGCAACCAGAUGCUGGUGACAGUGAUAGAAAAUUUGAAGAAAACCACCAUCUCCAGAGUCAGUGAGGCCCGGGAUGUGCUGGGAUUCAACAUGGCAGGGCUCCAGUACCUCAAGAGAGAGAUUGAGGCCAAGGAUGAGGUCAUGUUUUUUGCUGAUGCUACAGACCGUUUUGAGGAGAAGAAGAGAAAGAGGAAGAAGAAAGAGAAAAUGAUUCUUGCAGUGGUUUAGCAUUUGCUGCCUGGAGCAGCUGGAUGGCAUCAAUUAACCUCAGUGCUGGCCAUGGACCUAUUCUUGUGGCUGAACGUCUCUGUGAUAUUUGGUGACUGGAACAAAGCCUGUCCCUUCUUCUUGUGGGAUAGCCAGCCUUGCCUGGCUGGAGACAGUGCCAGCACAGGUUGAUUGCCUCUGCCUAAUGAGAUGAGCUGUCUGUGCUCUGCUCUGUAUGUAUCCAUUUCAGCUGUUUCUGAGGUGGCUGUCAAAGGUCAAUGCCUUUCCUCUACCAGAAUGCCUGACAGAAUUGGAGUUGGUUUCUUCUCCAGAAGAGAUCAGCCUGCUGGCAGUGUGCUAACUGAAUGGGGUGAAUCAGCACAUGGGCUGCUGGUCAGACUUUAUCCUGUCCCGAGGAGGCAGCUGGCAACAUUUGUGCUGCUUUGACACCUGCUGAUGGUUUGUGGAAGUGCGUAGAGGCUGUGGGCAAGGCUUUGAGACUUCAGAAGUCAUCUCCAACCACUGACUUUUCAGUGGAAUGGAGGAAACACUGUGCUCUAUUAAAUAAUGUUUAUAUAUGCUUUAUCAAACAACUUUGUCUAUGGAAUUUUGUCCUGAUAUUUUUUUAGUAAAUCCUUGACUAUCUCAUUCUAUUUUAUUGGUUCUUAAGGAAUUGUUUUUUUUCCAGAAAGUAAAACAUGCUGGAGAAAAUGAAAGGGCUGCUGUGAAGGAUUGUGCUCUUCUGAACAACUGGCAGAUGAAGCAUGAGAAGUGUGGGCUUAUUUGUGCUGUCCUGCAACAGUUCUGUGCAACUUCCAAUAUACGGGAGCAGAUACAAGUCGUACUUGUCCUGUAUCAGAUACAAAUGAUUUAAGUGGGCAGGCCUCUGCUCCUGUUGGUCAGUUAUCAGUUUUUAGUGUAUGCUGCCCUUUUAUCCCAGUGAUCAGGUUUGGUAGAUGUGGGGGCUGCUUCUGGGGCACUUUGUUCUAAAAAGUAAUACUUUUAGACUGACAGGUCUGACUCAGGUUCUCAAAGCUGAUCUUUCUAACAUGAACAUCAUCUGAAUUUUUAAUUGCAUCCAAGUUGUUAUUGACUGUCCAGUCUUUGACUUAUGUUCUCUAUAGCAGUGAAAGUUAUUGUUUAAUCCCCAGUCAUAAUCUUCUCAGUCACCAGAAAAUGUUUAAAUUCAUCUGCAUAUACUGGGGAAAACUCCCUAUUUCUUAGGAUGUUAGGUACUGGAAAAAGGAUGAAGCACAGGAAAUCAAGCCAUUAGAAUUCAUUUAAAAAACAAAUGCAGAACUGUACUUAAUAGUAAGAAUAAGGUAUCUCCUAAAGAGGCUGUUUCUUUUAGUGACUGUUGCAUAAGUAGGAACAAAAAAGGGAAAAUAGCACCUCUAAGUGGUUCAGUCUUCCACUCUGAUAAAGCGAACCUUUAUAUCCGCUUGUCUUCAAACAGAAUUCCUUUCAAGUAUAACGUUGUGUGCUCAGCCCCCAUCUGAAGAAAAUUAAAGGUAAGUGAGCAGUCUGUGUGCAGAAAGCUGAGCCUCAGACUGAAAGCAAGCAGAAAGGGAGGAAUUAGAAGGCCAGAGCAAAUCAGCAGCACUUGCUACAGUUACUUACUCAAAGAGUCACACUUCAGUGAAACUUGCUGCAUGCCUGGUACUUGGGGGGGGGUUCAGGUGCUUCAGGGUGGCUACAGAAACCUAAUCUCUUUUAAAAACAAAAUAAACCUAUCAGGAAGCAUUCAGCACUCUUGCAGUGCAGAGUGUCAAACACGGGGAU